UUCUCCGUUCGGAGCCCCGUGGCGGUGCUCCACAAAUAUUGAAUAAUUUCACCAUGGUUGACUGACCGCAGUCACCUUACCAAUAAAAACUGCUGGCCUGCUCGGGAAAAAACAUCUCUCCAUCGCUUAUACUUGAAAGUUCAGACUCGCCGGAAAACGCAACGCCACUCGCAAUGACGCCCGCCGGAAUCCUCGCCGGGUUAUUUCUCCUCCUGGCUCUCUACUGUGGCCUCGACCCGUUGAAGCACAGCGCCAUAUCCGACUUCCCCGACUUCGAAGCGUACAAAGUCGACAUGCCUCCGUGGUCGGAGGUUCCAACGGAGAAAGACGCCGACAACUUGCUGCAGAAGUCGGAGAUUAAGUUUUUGAACCAGGUCCAAGGCCCGGAAAGCAUGGCCUUUGACCCCAUGGGCCGUGGACCAUACACCGGCGUCGCCGACGGCCGGGUUUUGUUCUGGAACGGAGAGGGGUGGACUGAUUUCGCGUAUACUUCGCCUAAUCGGUCAGAGCUAUGUGAUCCAAAACCAUCGCCUUUGAGCUACCUGAGGAAUGAGCACAUAUGUGGCAGGCCUUUGGGACUUCGGUUUGACAAGAAAACGGGUGAUUUAUAUAUUGCGGAUGCAUAUUUUGGGCUGCUUAAGGUUGGGCCUGAAGGUGGACUGGCAACAUCACUUGCAACUGAGGCAGAAGGGGUGCCACUGAGGUUCACUAAUGAUCUGGACCUUGAUGAUGAAGGAAAUAUUUACUUCACAGACAGCAGCACCAAAUAUCAAAGGCGGAACUUCAUUCAGUUAGUUUUGUCUGCCGAAGAUAGUGGGAGAGUUCUGAAGUACAAUCCCAGUACCAAAGAAACCACAGUCCUUGUUAGGAAUCUCCAAUUUCCUAAUGGUGUCUCCCUAAGUAAGGAUGGGUCGUUCUUUGUAUUUUGCGAAGGGUCCCUUGGGAGAUUGCGGAAGUAUUGGUUGAAAGGUGAGAAAGCAGGUACCUCAGAAGUUAUGGCCAUCCUACCUGGAUUUCCCGAUAACAUCCGAACAAAUGAAAAAGGCGAAUUCUGGGUAGCAAUCCACUGUCGCCGCACCAUGUAUUGUUACCUAUGCAGUUUGUACCCGACAUUGCGGAAGUUCUUGCUAAAGCUUCCGAUCCCAUCAAAGAUUCAGUUCCUCCUCCACAUAGGGGGGCGGCUCCAUGCAGUAGUUGUCAAGUACAGCCCUGAAGGAAAGCUGUUACAGAUAUUGGAAGACAGUCAAGGAAAGGUCGUAAAAGCCGUGAGCGAGGUGGAGGAGAAGGACGGGAAAUUGUGGAUGGGAAGCGUCUUGGUGCCUUUUGUCGCGGUUUACCAAUUAUAAUGAGGCCAAGGUUUACAUUUUUUUCUUUGCCGAUAAAAAAAACUACUCACAAUGAGGUGAAGGAACCUUCUUUCUUUUGGUUUAGUUCAAAACUUGAUCACUUGUGUUGCUCAUUUUGGAGGUAUGUCUCCUUAUAGGGAAUGAGACUUGAAUGAAUCCUUUUUAGUUUUUUCUCUGUUGGGUUUCAGCUAAAGUUUUGUACUAUAGUAUGUGAUACGUCUUCUCUUUUGGGCA